AUGCCCUCCAUGCGUAGCUUUAUGAAGGGAUUGAUCUCAGGGAAAAUAUCAGAGGAGAGCGAGUUCAUGACAGUUUCCAAGGAGUGCAGCGCAGUGCUUCAGAACAGGCAAAUAAAAAAACGAGGAGAUCCCGGCAAAUUUGUCCUCUCUAUCCAGAUUGGGAAGACAGUUUUCGCCUGCUCCUUGGUGGAUCUUGGGUCCAGCGUGAAUCUCAUGCCGUACUCUGUAGCUCUACGACUCGGAUACACGCAUUUCAAACCAACUAAGAUGUCCUUGGUUUUCGCAGACAGAUCAGUCAAAUCUCCUGUUGGUAUUCUAGAGGAUCUCCAAGUGAAAGUGGGGAACACCUCUGUUCCAGCAGACUUCGUUGUUCUGGAAUUGGAAGAAGAGUCUAAGGACCCUCUCAUCUUGGGAAGACCAUUCUUAUGUACUGUCGGAGCUAUCAUUGAUGUGCGACAGGGGAAGAUUGAUCUGAAUCUUGGGGACAUAGUUAUGCAAUUUGAAAUGGAUGAGUUGCUAAAGAAGCCGAUGUUGGAUGGGCAAACCUUUGAGGUCAAUGAAGGGGUUGAUCCGCUCCAACCACAAGAAGGAAUGAUCGAGGAGAUUCUUACCGAAGACCCACUGGAACUUGCACUAGUGCGUGCUGAAGCCGAGCAGAGUAUGGUGAACAUUGAUGCUGAUGGAUAUGCCAAGAUGCUUGACUCCGCAAGGAGUAUGGGGAGAAUGGUAGCGAGUCUAAGUCUGGGGGAGGAUAUCAACAGGUGCGAGACCACUCCAUCUGGAGCGACCCCUAAACCGGACCAACCAGAGGAUCCCUGGAGCGAGCUCAAGGCUCCCAAAGUUGAGCUAAAACCCCUUCCCAAAGGGCUCAGGUACGCUUUCUUAGGUCCAAAUUCCACAUAUCCUGUCAUUGUGAAUGCUGAGCUGAAUAAUGUGGAAACUGCAUUGCUUUUAUGCGAGCUUAGAAAAUAUCGUAAGGCAUUAGGAUAUUCGCUAGCUGACAUCCCUGGUAUUUCGCCUGAUUUAUGCAUGCAUAGAAUCCACUUGGAAGAUGAAUCAAUGACUUCUGUCGAACAUCAGAGGAGGUUAAACCUGAAUCUAAAAGAUGUCGUUAAGAAAUAG